AUGACUGAGGAUGAGCACCAAAGGGUGCUGGCAGUCAGGUCAGUCGCAGCCGUAUUUUUACCGAUAGCAUGCAUAACUGUUAUGCUACGCUGCUAUGUGCGUGGAUGGGUGGUGAAGGCAUUUGGGUGGGAUGACGGGUCCAUGGUGCUUGCGAUGGCAUUCUAUAUCAUGUUCUGUGCGUCCAUGAUCGGAGGCACUUUGUUCGGUACUGGCCAACUGUAUGACAGCGAAAGCCCGGAGCAUCGAGUCAUAGCUAUGAGGUAUUGGUGGCUCUGCGAAAUUGCUUACUGCUUUGCUUCGAUUUUCUGCAAAAUCUCAGUGUGCGUUUUCCUCAUGCGGAUCACGGUCAAAAGGCAUCAUAUUUGGACGCUGUACAUCGUGAUGGUGCUCACGGUUCUUGCCGGCCUGGUCUUCAUGUUUUUGAUGCUAUUGCAAUGCAAGCCGCUCAAUUAUUUCUGGACUCGCUUGGCAUUUGACCCCUCUAUUGAGGGCCACUGCAUUAGCAUCAACAUCGUCAUUACCAUGACUUAUAUCUACAGCGUGUUCGCUGCACUGUGUGACUUUACUGUUGGAAUAUUGCCAAUAUUCCUCGUGAGAAAGCUACAUAUGAAGCGCGAGGCAAAAUAUGCCGUCGUCGGGAUUCUCAGCAUGGCUUGCAUUGCUUCAUCUGCUGUGAUUAUUCGAUUCCCAUUCGUUAAAACUUUUGGCGAUUACGAAUUCCUUUACUCUACCUACCAAAUCGCCAUUUGGUCAAAUAUCGAAGCCGGCCUGGGAAUCACAGCUGGAAGCCUUGCAACCCUUCGGCCCCUGCUUCGGAAAAUUAUGGGCUCUCAUUCCGACCCAGAGUAUUCAUCUGGCUUCCCAAGAAUAUCGGGCUCACGUCGAGUUGGAGCGAGUGGACAACGUCCCUUGCCAUUAGGCUCUCUGGAUGGAAAAGGGAGGAACGAACUGAGACCGGAUAAGCUGGCUGUGGUGGUGACAGAUAUUCAGAGCCAAAGAGACGUAGGAAUUUCGUGGCCGGAGCCUUCCAGUCCCCGCAGCAGCGAGGAAAGGCUGACUACAGAUAAGGCGACGAUGGGGAAAAUGGAGGUCGGUGUUCACCGCACAUUCGAAGUCACCACAACUGCGGAUACUAAUAGUAGUACCGAUGAUGGGGAGGGAUCACAUCGAAUGGCGAAGGAACACAUAUAA